ACUCCGCUUCCUCCGUCGCGGCGCGCGGCGGCAGAGCUCCGAGUCGCUCGCUCAUCACGCCCCCUCCUCGGCUGCCUGCCCACCUCGCCGCCGGCUAGCGCAGUCGCCCCCGAUCGCCAUGAAGAUCGCGGUGGAGGGGUGCAUGCACGGGGAGCUGGACAAGGUUUACGACACGCUGCGCGAGCUCGAGCAGGCUGACGGCGUCAAGAUCGACCUCCUCCUCUGCUGCGGCGACUUCCAGGCCGUUAGGAACAACAAUGAUUUACAGUGUGUCAAUGUCCCACAAAAGUAUCGUCAUAUGAAUUCAUUUUGGAAGUACUACUCAGGACAAGCUGUUGCUCCAUACCCAACAAUCUUCAUAGGUGGAAACCAUGAAGCAUCCAAUUAUUUAUGGGAACUGUAUUAUGGAGGAUGGGCAGCACCCAACAUCUACUUUUUGGGGUUUGCUGGUGUUGUUAAGUUUGGAAACAUUCGAAUUGGUGGACUAUCAGGAAUAUAUAAGCAACAACAUUAUCACUUAGGACACUAUGAGAGGCCCCCAUACAAUGAAAGCACUAUAAGGUCAGUGUACCAUGUUAGGCAUUACGAUGUUCUCAAGUUAAUGCAUGUGAAGGAGCCUCUAGAUAUAUUUAUGUCACAUGAUUGGCCUCUGGGCAUUACUGAGUAUGGAAACUGGCAGAAGCUUAUUCAGGAGAAAAGAUUCUUCGAAGAAGAGGUCAAAAGGAGAACGCUAGGCAGCGAACCUGCAGCAAAACUACUAAACAAACUAAAACCGCCAUACUGGUUUUCAGCUCAUCUUCAUUGCAAGUUUCCAGCUGUCAUCCAACACGGGGAGGAUGGACCUACAACUAAGUUUCUUGCCCUUGAUAAAUGCCUUCCUUGGCGGGGCUUUCUCCAGGUGAUAGACAUUCCAUCCGGUCCAGGACCACAUGAGAUCCGGUAUGAUGAAGAAUGGCUCGCAAUAACACGGAAAUUCAACAGUGUUUUCCCCUUAACUCGAAUGCCAUUUAUAAUGCGGGAUGAACAGGUUGACACUCAAGAUGACCUGCAGUGGAUUAGGGACAAGUUAAAUGCUAGAGGGGCUAAGCCUAUUGAUUUUGUCCAGCCAGCCUCUCAAGCAUCCAAUCCCUCCAUAGCAGUUCAUUGCAGGAAUCCACAAACUGAGUAUUUUCUGCAGCUUCUAGAUCUCCCGUAUCUGCUGGACUCAUCGAAUUCUUAUGGGGUCGAUAGGAAUGAGCCAAGCUCCUCCCAGACAGGACCACCACUUGAUAAUGACGACAUAGAACUCCCUGACGAUGAAGAUGAUGCGGCGGUCGAUGAUGACUGAAGAACUUAAUGCCUGAAGUAUAUUGCAUUACCUCCCUGUACCCGUAGCAUUACCUCGGUAGAGAAAUGGCUAGGUAUCUUGACAUGACGAACUGACGUGUAGACUGACAAUUUACACUGCCUCUGUGCAGAAGAAUGUUGAGAUGAAUCAUUGGUGCUGCUUUUCAUGAGAUUUUUUUUUCCCGCCUUUUGUUUUUACAUGGACACACCUCACAUCAACACAUGCUACCUUAUUGGAAAUUCGUAAUGAAU